GAGAAUCCAGAGAUCGCUCUGUGCAUUCUCGAGAUGUCGAUUCCUGGCUUUGCUCUUAGUGUCUCUAUACUGCUAUUGCUCACCAGCCCUGUGGAUAGUUAUCCAAAUGGCAAAGUUACUGAGUCCUGUCAAAGUAUGACUCCUGAACAUGGACAUAGUCCACAGUCUGAUCCUGUUCACAAGCUCACAGUAGAUCGAACAACAUUCAAUCCAGGAGGCCAAAUCAAAGUGACUCUUUCUGGACCACCAUUUAGAGGAUUUCUUUUGGAAGCCCGGGAUGCUGAAAAACUUGAUGGUCCUGCAGUUGGCUCCUUUUCACUGAUUGAUAGACACGAGUCCCAGCUUCUGUCGUGUGAUAAAGUACAGGAUUCAGCUGUCAGUCACACAAGUGGAUCCAAAAAAGCACAAAUACAGGCCUACUGGAAUGCUCCAAGCAGUGCCCCAAAUCAUAUCCAAUUUCUUGUCUCAGUUGUUGAGAAAUACAAGAUCUACUGGGUGAAGAUUCCUAGUCCUGUAAUUUCACAGCCAAACGCACCUUCUUUUACAACCCUGAAAACGUCAACAGUAUUUUUGCCAACGUCACGCCCUGCCUCCCAUCUCAUCAAAUCAUUUAAUGCCUCCAACUGUGGAAAUAAAAAGUUCUGCAUUAGGAAUCCUGGGAACUGUGAUCCAGAGAAGGAGCCCCACUGCUUUUUCUUGUCCUUCACACGAGAGAACCAUUCCGUGCUGAUUGAAAUGAGUGGACCCAAUGAAGGCUACUUAUCUUUUGCGCUGUCUCAUGACCAAUGGAUGGGAGAUGAUGAUGCAUAUCUCUGUAUUCGCGAAGAACAGAAUGUGCUAAUCCGUUCUUCAUAUGUGACAGGACGCAGUCACCCCACAUUGGAGCCUCCGGAUGCACUUGAGGAUAUGGCGUGGAGGCUGGCGGAUGGUGGCAUUCAGUGUUCUUUUAGAAGGAACAUUAGUCUUCCUAUUUCGAAGAAGAGAUUUGAGCUGAACAAGAGCUAUUAUAUAUUUCUAGCAGAUGGAGGUGCUGAUGGCGGGCAUAUUCAUAAACACUUUCGCCACCCCCUGAUUACAGAAGAAAAGCAUGAUAUUACAGACUCGCCAAAGAAUAUAGGGGGCACCCGAACUAAUCUCCUUCUGAAAGCUCAUGGAGCAUUGAUGUUUGUCGCUUGGAUGACUACAGUUAGUAUUGGAGUUUUGGUUGCUCGAUUCUUCAAACCUGUGUGGCCCAAGGCAUUCCUCUUUGGAGAGGCAGCCUGGUUUCAGGUGCAUCGAAUCCUUAUGCUCACCACUUCAGGCCUUACGUGUAUUGCAUUCGUGCUUCCUUUUGCCUAUAGAGGUAGCUGGAGUUGGCAAGCAGGCUACCACCCAUACCUGGGGUGCGUCGUGAUGACCCUAGCUGUUCUUCAGCCUCUUAUGGCAGCAUUCAGACCCCCAUCACAUGACCCAAGACGGGAAACAUUUAACUGGGCUCACUGGAGUACAGGCACAGCUGCUAGAAUAAUAGCAGUUGCUGCAAUGUUCCUGGGAAUGGAUUUACCUGGACUCCAUCUGCCUGAUCCAGGGAAAACCUAUGCCAUGAUUGGAUUUGUUUCUUUGCAUGUGGGAACUGAGAUUCUUCUAGAAAUACAUGCCUAUCGACUUACUCGGAGAGUUGAAAUAUUGGAAGAUGACAGAAUCCAGAUUCUGCAGUCUUUUUCAGCGGCUGAAGCCGAGGGUCACACAUUUAAAAAGGUGGUGUUGGCAAUCUACGUCUGCGGAAAUGUAGCGUUCCUCUUCACGUUCUUAGCCGCAAUAAACCAGCUGUGAGCCUACUUAUGGGAACGGAACUGUGGACUCUUAAUGACUACUUGCCAACUUUGCAACCUCAUCGCCUGGGAAGGAUGCACAAGUCCAGGAAAAUUAGAAGCCACUAACUACCGCCAUCUCAGAUUCCUUCCUGAGGUGAACUUGGAAGACCAAAGCCUUAUUAAGAAGACAUCCUUAGUUAUAGUCAAGUCAUAAAGAAGCAUCCAGUAUGAUUGUGCUGCACAUUUUUCAUUCCACUCCGACUAAUCCCUUAGGAAUUCUUUAUUCUCUGGGGUCGGGCCUUUUGAAGGCUAUGAUAACACAUAAAAAAGCUCCUUAACCACUUCUAAUUUAAUUUUUGAGGGGAAUGAAUUAUCUGGAAGCAAAUGACUUCUAAAAACACACCACCAGGACCUUUGGUAUCUAAAAUUCAUGAUUUUUUAACUGAUUCAUUUGCGAUUGUAAGAGAAACCACGUGGUUAAAAAGAAGUGCCAUUGCCAGGGUGAUGCAGGACCUUGUUAAAGCGUGAGAUUUUGGCAGGAGGGGAUGAUCUAUGUGACUCUGAGCACUCAGGAGCUUUUCAGGCCUGUGAUUCCCCUUAAUAACACUGUCUGGGAGACAGGUAGCCAUAUACCAGGACUUCAUGUUGAUGGACCUCACUGAGCUGCAAAGUUUGGGUCUCCACAUCUUUGUUGACAUCUAUGUCCAUUUCCCUGCCACGGUAUGUCUGCUGCUGAAGAGGAAGACGUGAUGGUGUCAUAAAUUGGGGCCUGAAUGCCCUUGAACAGACUGCCCUGCCCUAGUGAUGAACUAAACCAGCUUUUGCCACGGAUUAUGUUCCUCGUUGUUAGUAUUUUCAUCCUGUAGUUGAGCAGGGGAGGGGCACAGAAAUUGUCAUGGUUUUGGAUUAUGUUCCUCGUUGUUAGUAUUUUCAUCCUGUAGUUGAGCAGGGGAGGGGCACAGAAAUUGUCAUGGUUUUGGAAUUCAGCUUCACUCUUUGCCCACAGACAUAAGUGCAAUAAGAUAAUAUCAAAUUAUUUGCUUUGAUCUGAAAAGACAUCCCUUACCCCGAGAGCAGCUCUCAUGUACAAUCCUUUUAUAGUAGUGAAAUGUUUAGUGCCAACACAAAUGUAACUUGUAAUAACUGUGACACUUAAUCCUUUAUCGAAGGGACCGAAGUUAGGUGGGAAAAAAAAUAGGGGACGGGACACUUGUGCAUGAUGUACUGAGGCGGCUAUUUCAUCUCUUUAUUCCAUUUUUUAAUUUCUUGGAAUAGUCUGUCGCAUUAGCAAUUUCUGAAAAUGAUGGAUUGAAGUGGAAAAAUCUCAUUCGUCAAAACAGUAUAUGAAUUGUUGCAUUUUGAGAAGUGCCAAUGCAUUUUGAUUGCCAUGACGCCAUGUAGCCAGUGGGUGGUGCUAGAGUAUUAAAAUUGAAUUUCCAUAAACCAGUGGUCUGUGUUACCCCCUGGGCAUGGAGCUUUUUUAAUAGACAGGCAUCUUUCUUGCAUCUUCCUUGCUACACUAUUGGAUAUUUUGAAUUUUCUGCCAGUUAGUUUAGAAAAUUGAAUGGAAAUGCCGACAGUUGGAUGGUAUGGUUUUAGACUUUUGGCCUUGUGUGUUUAACCUGCUACUGGUAACCUUUCUACCUUCUGUUAUGUAGCUACCUUCUUUAAAGGCCUAAACCGCAUAAUCUGGUUGAAUAAUAAAAACACUUUACUGCCACCUGUUUCAGAAAUGACAUCAACAGGGUCAGUACGGGGCGAGAGAUGGGCGUAGGGAUUAGAUUUAUUUUUUAUCAGAUUUACAAGAUUCUUCCUCCUGCCCCACCCUCCAAAAAAGCUUUUAAUGUAUAUAAUCUUUGAAAAGAAAAAAAGAUUUGCUGGUAUUGUACUCUAGGAUUCUGGACACUCGGUGAUUUCUUUCAUGCAGCGUGAAACUUGGGUUUUAACUUUUUUGUUGUUGUUUAUUCACCGGUUGAGCCAUUAUGACUUGGCUCAGUGUUGGUUUUAAUCUUAAUUUAACAAUUUCAAUGUACAGCACUACAGAACUAUAGCAUUAUUCAAUAAAAUAUAAGCACAAAGGAAAAAA